AUGAUGCUGGAAAAGUGUUCCUUCUGUAAAAAAGGGGAAUGUAUCAAACCUGUAAAAGUGGAAAAAAAGCCUGAAAAAGCAGCAGCUAAGAUCAGAAUUGAAGCAGAUGGAAGCUAUUUUCAGAUCAAUCAGGAUGGAGGAGCACAGAAACUGGAAAAGGCGAAAAUUACUCUGAACGACUGUUUAGCUUGUAGUGGCUGCAUUACAUCAGCAGAGAGUGUUUUAAUCACUCAACAGAGCCAUGAAGAGCUCUGCAAAAUGCUAACUUUUAACAAGACUGCCACUCCCAAUGAACAGAAAUUGGUGGUGGUUUCUGUUUCACCACAAUCCAGAGCUUCACUAGCUGCAAGAUGUAAAAUGGGUGUUCUGGAAACAGCAAAGAAGUUGACUGCAUUCUUAAAGAGUUUAGGUGUCCACUAUGUUUUUGAUACAACUUUCUCAAGAAACUUCAGCCUGUUGGAGAGCCAACAAGAGUUUGUAAAACGCUUUCGAAAGCAAUCUGAAGACAAAAAGGCUUUGCCAAUGCUAGCUUCUGCCUGUCCAGGUUGGAUCUGCUAUGCAGAGAAAACCCAUGGCAGUUUCAUCAUUCCUUAUAUCAGUACCACCAAGUCCCCACAGCAGGUCAUGGGCUCCUUGAUCAAGGGCCAUUUUGCAGAACAGCAGCACUUAACACCUGACCAGAUAUACCAUGUAACAGUGAUGCCCUGUUAUGACAAAAAGCUAGAGGCUUCAAGGCCAGACUUUUUUAACCAAGAGUACCAAACUCGUGAUGUGGACUGUGUAAUCACCACAGGAGAAGUGCUAAAGUUGUUGGAACAAGAAGGAGUAUCUCUAUCGGAUGUAGAUCCUGCUCCAUUGGAUACCAUGUUUGGUAGUGCUGCAGAGCUCACUAGCCAUGCUGGAGGUGGUUCUGGUGGCUACUUGGAGCACAUAUACAAGUAUGCAGCCAAGGAGCUCUUUGGAAUUCAAGUGGAUACAAUUCAGUACAAACCUUUAAAAAACAAGGACUUCCAGGAGGUGACGCUGGAGAAGGAUGGAGUAGUCCUGCUCCAGUUUGCUUUGGCAUAUGGGUUUCGAAACAUACAGAACUUAGUGCAAAAGCUGAAACGAGGGAAAUCACCCUAUCACUAUGUUGAAGUCAUGGCCUGCCCAUCAGGCUGUUUAAAUGGAGGUGGUCAGAUCAAACUAGAUGGUGAAUCCAGCAAGGACCAGCUUCAGCAAGUUGAGAGGUUGUAUGAGUCUCUUAAGACUGAAAUUCCAGAGAAGAACCGGACUGUAAAUGAACUGUAUGAGCAGUGGCUGGGUGGUGUGGAGUCAGAAAAGGCUGCGAAAGCUUUACAUACAGAGUACCACGCAGUGGAGAAAACAAGCACUGGAUUUAACAUCAAAUGGUGAAGACUGAUGCUGUGAAGCCCGGCUACAGAUGCUCAGUGCCUUUUUUAACUCAAUUGUAUUUAAGAUUCUCAAAUGACAGCUAAAGUUCUGUGC